AUGAAGGGGUUUGUCGUCUGGGACCAUCCGGGGGAAAUUCACAGCAUCGUCGACGACCUGUCGGCCCGGCUCGGCCAGCUCGGCGACGAGUGGCUGGAGGCGAGCGAGACCCGGCCCCGCUACUUCGAGUUCACCCCCAUCGAGCUGCACGCCGUCACGCGCCGUCUGCAGCUCGCCGAGCCGACGGCAUCCGCCAACCUGCUCGUCGUCGAUCUGGCCAGUACCGUCGAUUUUCUAUCGAGAGUGAAAAACUUAAAGAUUCGCGGCUCGCGAGGCUACGUCCGUUCGUCGAACAUCCUCUGCAAUUCAUUGGAGAUGAGCCUCCAUUUCUGCAAAAGCCUGUUGGCGCUUUGGAUAGCAGACUACGACGUUCGACAAAUCGAGGGGUUGGCGCAGUUGAGGCGCACCCUACGCCGACUCGUCGUCCACUACUCGAUGCGAAAUGUUAAGGACCUGUUUGGCGUCUCCGAUUUGGAGCUCGAACCGGAUAGCAGACCGUGGCCCGUGCUCGAAGACGUCGAUCUCUCCUUCAACCAGCUCGACUCCAUUGACGAUUCCAUUACUACGCUAAAAUCCGUGACGACGCUCAACUUGUCGCAGAACCGGUUGGCCGACAUUGGCCCGAAUCUGCAGCAUAUGCCGGCAUUACGGCGCCUCGAUCUUUCGAAAAAUAUUCUAGACUCCGUAAGCGGCUGGGCGCAGCUUUUGGGCAACAUUACAACGCUGAACAUCGCCGGAAACCAAAUUCCUAGCUUGGAAGGGCUGGCGAAGCUGUACUCCCUGGAGGUGCUCGACGCGAGCGAGAAUCAGCUGGACACGGUCGAGUCGGCGAUCCACGUCGGGCGGUUGCCCUGCUUGGAGACGCUGAUCUUACGGGGUAACCCGGUAAGGAAAACGGUCGAAUAUCGAACGCGAAUUCUGGAGGCUUUCGAGGAACGGGCCGCUGAGAUUACACUCGACAGCCGACGCGCGAACGAACGCGAACGCGACACGAUUGCCGUUCGGCUGGCCCUGCGCCGGUCCCGCGAAGAAAAGGAAAGAGCUGAGCUCGCCCGCAAGGAGAAAAUCGAACGUUCCGUCCGGUAUAUUUCGGGCUGUGACGGCACCGCCUCGGACACGUCCCCCUACGGCAGCUUCCAGAACACGCUG